UUUUCAACGUGCCGGCAAACGAUGGUGGAUUGUAAUAAAUAUAACCUCUAUUCGCUUCAGUCUUCCUAGCAACUUGCAAUGAUGAGCAAUCUUAUAGAUGCGCACUGGUUUCCCCUGGCGUCACAGGGGAACAUUUAUUCGAUGACCAAACUCUGCUCAUCUAAUAUUUCCAACAAGCUGUUAGUGGCUUCUUUGAAAAGAAAGAUAUACUCUUGCGAAUAUCAUCAAACACCAGAAUUUCUGAGACCUAUGGUGAAGGAAUUACUGUUUACAUAUAUUCCUAGUGGUGCAGAAAUUAUUUCUAUUGAUGCUUACAACAAGUCUGACACUGGAGACAGUUUUGUGAUAGGUAUAACAAUCAUGAAGACGAGCACAGAUGCGAUUGAAAGGUACUUGAAUAUAUAUACAGAAGGUGCGAUAGAUGGUGAAGGGGAUGAAGGUAGCUCGAUCGAAGCUAUAGCUCAAAAUUGUCUCAUGGUGGAACUGUCAUAUACUCCUUAUCAUCUGUAUCAUACCAUUUUACCACAACAGAAUUCUGUACAGGAGGUAGUUUGGCUGAUAUCUGGAAGUGAUUACAAGAUUCAUAUGAUAAGAGAAGAUAAAUUAAGCCACGUUUACAGCGAAGCCUCCAUCGAAAAAUAUUUUCCAGAGCUGCAUGAUGUCCAAGCAAUUGCAUUAUGGAUUAAUAUUUAUUAUUAUGAUAACUAUAAGCGGAGAGUCACCGCCGUCGGCUGUGAGUGCGGUAUAGUCAAAGUUGCCAUAGUAAAUGUAACGAACUUACAAGUUUCUCGAAGUUGGCUGCUGAGAUAUGACAAGCCUGUGCCAAGUGUCAUAAUAUUCCCACAUAGAAACAUCAUUAGUAAACCAGCAUUCAUAAACGCCAAUUCUGAGACAUGUGUUCCGAAGGAUGACGUUCCGAAAUUAAAUAUCAUUAUUUCAAAUACAAGCAGUGCUGUUGUUUUCAAAGAUAUCUUGGAACAUGGAAUGAAACAGGAUGUGAUAUUGAACGGUAGCGAAUCAUCGGAUUGUAUUCUAUGCUGCUGCGUAGCGGAUAUAAAUAUGGACGGCCAAAACGAGAUUCUGCUUGGCACUUACGGUCAGGAAGUCCUGAUCUUCGCAUUAAUAAACGACACGUGGGAGUUAGCCGCUAGAAAACUGUUUGACGCCCCUGUACAUUCCAUAAGCUACAUGGAUAUAACAAAUGAUGGAAUAAAAGAACUGAUUGUACUUACGCAACGAGGUGUACAUAUACUGCAGCAUAAUAUAGUUGAUAUACGAGCAAAAUGGAAGGAACGUUAUAGAAAAUUAUUUGAUAUAUUAGCUGAGGAAAGUCCGUAAUAUUUGUAAAAAAA